AUGCCUGGAGCUCAGCUCGCCCAGAGUCCAGAGAAAGGGGAAGUGUGCAUUACCGAAGCCCUCAUCACUAAGCGGAACUUGACCUUCCGUGAGGAUGAGGCUCUGUCGGAGAGGAUGUUUCACACUAUCGCUGAGCUACAGACCGUCCGCCUGGACCGGGAGGGGAUUACCACUAUCAAGAACCUAGAGGGCCUCCAGAACCUUCACAGCCUCUACCUGCAAGCGAAUAAGAUCCAGCGAAUUGAGAACCUGGCCUGUGUCCCCUCCUUACGCUUCCUGUCUCUGGCGGGAAACCGAAUCCAACAGGUGGAGAACCUCCGUGACCUCCCAUACCUCCAGUUUCUGGACCUUUCGGAGAACUUGAUAGCAACACUGCAGCUGGAUGAAUUCCCCCAGAGCCUCCUCAUCCUCAACCUGACUGGGAACAGCUGCACCAGCCAGGAUGGCUACAGGAAGCGGGUGACGGGAGCCCUGCCCCUGCUCAUGGACCUGGACCGGCAGCCGGUGUCGGAGCGCUGGAACUCGGACGAGGAGGACAAAGCCUCGGACGAGGAGUUCCCCGAGCUGAGUGGCCCGUUCUGCGCAGAGCGAGGCUUCCUGGAGGAGCUGGAGCAGGACAUGAGCAGGCACAGGGCGCGCAGGCAGCAGGCGGCCCGGACGGAGCACCUGCUGAGGCUGGAGACCCAGCCGGUCCUCACCGGGCUGCCCGCGCUGCCCGGCGGGCCCGUGGCCGGGGACCCCGCCGCUGCCGCUGCCCCGCAGGGGAAGGAGCCACCCCCAGAGCCGGCCUCCUCGCCACAAGCCGCCUCCGCCACCAAGAAGCCGGGCCCCCUGGCCUCCAGGGGCCCCCAAAGCACUGCGCAGGCCAGGAAGGGGGUCAGAGCGGCUGCAGCCCCCAAGGCCUCCCUGGCCGCGGCCCCCGGCACAACCAAAACUGUGACCAGGAGAGUCAGGAAGUGA